CGUGGGAGUAACUAGGAAGUGUUUAAGUAACUAAGGUAACAGGGGCGGUUAAAUUAAGGCUGCAACAUUUCUACAACUUUAAUAAAGGGCGAUGGCUCUGCCAACCAUGUCCCUCCGUGGGCCGGGUCGGUCCCGGGCUGUGGCCGAGCAGCUGUGCCGGCAGCGGGAGCAGGAGGCGCGGCGGCGGCAGCAGUGGGAGAUGCAUGCGCAGUAUUUCAGACAGCAGGGCGUCCGCAGCAGCAGGCAGGCGGCGUGGAGCUCCCGCCGCUCCCACCAGCACAGCAUGUCAGCAUACCAUAACCAGAGACUGAAGGAAGAGAAGGCGGCCAACCUUGAGCGUCGCAGGAAUCUACUCAGGGCCCUGCUUCAAAAGGAACAAGACCAGCUCGAGGCACAGCUUAGGGAACUAGUUCCUGACAGGAAAACACUGGCAAGUCAGUUGGUGCAGAAAACCGAAGAGCUCCGUGUGGCAAAAGAAGAAAGAAGGAAAAAGCUUGCACAAGAGCUGCUGAGGGAGCACUGGAAGAAUAACAGCGCAGACCUUAGAGAGGUAGAGUCAGCAUUACAUAAAGAUCAUGUUGUCACUCAGUGGCAGGACCAGAUAUCUGAGAAGACGCAGAGAGAAGUGGCAGAAAAAAAAGAGAAGAAACGCUUUGAAAAUGAGUAUGAGAGGACUCGAAAAGAGGCUUUGGAAAGGAUAAAGCAAGCAGAGGAGAAAAAGAAAGAAGAGGGGUAUAAGCGAGCAGAGGAGCUUCGCAGCCAGAUGGAAGAGCUGAAGCUGAGAGAGGAGGAGGCCACUCGUCUUAAGAAGGAGCAAGAUGCUCUUCUGCUCAAGCAGUGGGAGCUGGAAAAGAUAGACGAGAAGAGGAGAGAGAUUGAGACGAGACAAAAGAAAGCUGAAAUGAGGCAUUUUUUGAUCCAUCAGUACCGAACUCAGCUGAAGAGGAGAGCCCAGCAAGUGCAGGAGGAACUGGAGGCUGACCGAAAGAUCCUAGCAGCCUUGCUGGAAGGGGAGCAGGAAGACAAGUGGCUGGAGACUGCACGAAGGGAGAGAGCUGUUGCUGAUGCUGCCUGGAUGAAACAUGUGAUUGAAGAGCAGCUUGAGUUGGAACGAGAGAGAGAAGCUGAGUUUGACAGUCUACACAGAGAAGAAGCUCAACGUGAGUGGGAAAAACGAGAGGCUGAAUGGGAGAAGGAGAGGAAAGCCAGGGAACGUCUCAUGCAUGAGGUGCUUGUGGGCAGAAAACAGCAGCUGGAGCUGAACAUGCAGAAGAACCGUGAGACUCAGGAGAAAUCCUUAAAGAGACGAGAAGAGCUGAUUCAGGAGCUGGAGUUGGAGCGGGAGCUCAGACGCCGGGAUAAGGAGCAAGAAGAGGGCCGUAAGACAACAAGGAUGCAGGAAAUACAGACUCAGAUUGAGCAGCAACGCCAGGAGCAGUGGGAGGAGCAGUGUCGGUUGGAGCAGGAAGAGGAGGAGGAUAGGGAAGCCCUUCAAAUCCAAGAGGAGGAGUUGAAGCUUGAGAUGCACAGGAUGGCCAAGAAAGGGUACCAGGACAAGAUUCACAGCAGGCCACGAUCAGCCUGGACAUAAGCAACCUGCAAGACCAAACUCCAUCUGAAUUGGGAAGUGCAUGUUUUUUCUGUUCAUACUUAGCUUUAAACAACAGGUUACACAUGCUCCAUGUAUCUUUGUCAUUCAUACCAGCCUUAUCUUACAGUGCUGAGUCCAUAUAGUUGCGGCAGAAGGGGACAGUUGACCCUUUAAGAAGGAAACUGAUGUGCACAAGACUUCACUGGGCUCUUUAAUAGGUGCCAACUUGACUUGACAAGAACAAGACACUUGAAACCACAUAUUACCUGUGAAAUUUACAUUGUUGCACAAAGUAUUAUAAUUUUGUCAAUUGUCUCCUAUACUAAAGUUGUGUGGUGAAGAAUUGUUUUCAUGGUCAUGAUGGAGCAGAUCAAUUUUAGCAAUUCUUCUAAACUACACAAGGAUAUUGUCAUGAGACGAUAACCGAGGAAAAGGGGA